AUGAUGGCCGCCCCGACAGCCGGAUGGCCCGGUGCCAUCGAAGAGCGACUGGGUGUUGAAAGCGGCGACACGUUGCUCUUGUGGUUUGUUCCGGACGCACCCCUCAUCUGCGGUCGCGCGCAAGUUGUACUCCCUCAACUAUUGCUUCACGGCUCGGGGGCCGCAUGGCGACAAACAUGGGGACCGCCGGUCAAGACGUACGUCCGCAUCAGCUACGACGCGAUGAAGAAAGCGUCCGUGUCCAAUGAGUAG